CAGGCCCCGCCCCCCUCAGGUGAGGCACAUUAAAGCCUGAGAAAGCGGAACAAUGGCGUCUGAAGAAACAACGUCAAACUGCAGGAAUGUCGACCAGCGGAGUGGAAACGGCCGCUCAGAGCCCGCUGCUCUCCUCCAGCUUCUGUUUCAGCCCGUGGUCGUGUGUGUGUGUGAAGGGCUGGUCGGCCUCCGUGUGGAGCGGCCUCCCCGAGCCGCUGCUGGCCAGAUGCUCCGCCCCCGAGCCGUGGCUCCUCCCCGGCUGCAGCUCCGUGUACGACAGCCUGGUCAGUAACGUCUCUCCGAUGCCGUCUCCUCCUCCCAGCGGCCUGCGAGGACGAGAGAAAGCUGCCGGCAACAAACCUCGCAGGCCGUCCAUCCUGGAGCGUUGUAUCCUCAACGUGUCCACCAGCAGUGUGGCUGUGGGGACAGACGACCUGGACAACAAGAGGGCCCCUCCUGAUCGCUGCUACCCCCGCCUCCCGGACCCGGUCAACACCGAGACAAACGCCGCGGUUCUGAAGCGGCGGCAGAAACAGAUCCAGUACGGCAAAAACACCAGCGGCUACCAGAACUACCUGCAGCAGGUCCCCCGGCAGCUGAGGGAUGCUAAGCUCCACCCGUCAACUCCCAACAAGUACAGGAAGUACAGCCGGCGCUCCUGGGACAUGCAGGUGCGUCUGUGGAGGCGAGCGCUGCACCUGUGGGACCCCCCCACCGACAGCCUGCCGGACGCCACCGACACGCUGGACCCCGUCGAGCAGCUGCAGAGCCAGCUGGCGAAGAUGACGUCGGAGCUGCGUGAGGAGGGAGGAGACAAGCCGAGAGAGAAGGAGCCUCCCGCCUCUAAAGCCUCCUCGGUGUCUCCUCUGGCGGCCGUCACGCUGCUCCAGCUGCCCGGACCCUGGAACGUCCCGCUGUCUCCGGAGGCUGAGCUGAACCACAGGACUUUGCGCUGCCCCCCCGGCCUCAGCUACUCGCCCCCCGGCCUCAGCUACUCCUUCAGGAGUCGGCUGACCACCAACGACAACAUGGCCGACUGGAUCCGCCUCCUACUGGAGGCCGACAGCGGCCAAGAUCUGGGCUCUGAUGACCAGCAGGUUCCUGUGUUCUCCGACCAGCUCUUGUGGAAUCCGUACUGAAGGUUCUCGACGUGGUCACCGAGGAGCCUGUCGGAGUAAAGUUUGUGUUUCAGUACUUUGUCUUUUUAAGAUGGUUGAAGGUUUACUGUACCGACAGCAGGGAUGUGAUUGGUCCUUGACCCUGAAGAGAACUGAGGUCCCGCCUCCUCUCUCAGCUGACCUGAGCACCUACUAUAGUUUGCACUUUGUUUGUUAACCUGCAUCAGAUGGAGCACUUCUCACCUGCAUCAUGUUACACUUUUAUGAAUCCCGCACUGAUGGAAAAGCUGUUUGUUUGUAAGUUCAUGAAGCCUCUUCAUCACUUCACCUCUUCAUCGCCUCUCUGCAGGCUGUUGUCUCUGGACCGUGCCACCUCUGCUGUCUGCUUCAGCCUCCUCAUUCUCUACCUCAUGUUUUUUCUAAAAAACAAACCUCCUGAUUAAUGGGGGGCGGGGGGUGCUGGCUGUCACUUUGUGUUUUUUACUUUUCUUGUGUUUUGUCAUUUUGUGCUGCUUGAAUAUUGAGAGCAAAGCUGAAAGAUGUGAUUUAAUAAAGAUGGAAAUAAAGUGUUAAAGAUUCA